AUGGACGCGAUCAAUCAGAUAGAACUUACCCUCCCAAUCGACCAAAUCAAGCCCGUGCUCUCCGCCCUCAUCCUCUCGAUCCUCUUCCAGCGCACCCUGGACCCGUCCGAGCCGCAGACGAUAGAGGUCCUGGGUCGACAUGUGGCCAUACCUGGUACGACCGGCACGGGUGCUGCAGGGGUAGAGGGGGAGGUAAGCGGGAGGGUGGAGGAGUUUAUGGGGAGGUAUUAUGCUAGUGGGAGGCAGGAGAGCGGGCAGAUCGCGGUGAUUUUUACGCAGAAGAAAUCUAGGAAGGGUUGGUUUGGGAUAACAGAGGAGAUCGUCCCGUGGGAAGCCCACUUUAUAACCAUCCAUCCCGACUCUACAGCGCGCCAUUCCGCCCGAUCUCCAAAUUCAGCGGCUACGUCAGGCCUGUACGACGCAUUGAUGCGGACCAUCACGUUCUGCGCGGCCCGGGCGGACGCUAUGCCGUCUGCUACGCCCGGAGAGGCUGAUCGGCUCGCUCAUCAGAUCAUAGUAUCCCCUCCACCCCCAUCAGACCUCUUCGCCCCCUCCCCACCGACCGCCCGAUCCCCGCUCACUCCGCGCGUCCCACUCGCCCUCCCCGCCGCUCUGACACUGGGCACCGCAUCCUCCUCCCCUUCUUCCAGAGCUCGGCGGGGGAGCUCGCCCGGGCGCGCGCCGGGUAAUGAGCAGAGGGAAGUCCAGGUGGGGUAUUUGGAGCAGGCGAAGGAUGUGUUACGGGCGACGGGGGCGAGGGCGGGUGCUGUUGCUGGAUGGACGGCGGGAAGGGGAAGGGGGACUUGA